AUGUAUUAUAACUUGCUUUCAUGUCUCUCUUUAGGCCGCGUGGUGAAUAUUAGCAGCAUGUUGGGGCGCAUGGCAAAUCCAGCUCGUUCCCCAUACUGUAUCACCAAGUUUGGGGUAGAAGCGUUUUCUGAUUGCCUGCGCUAUGAGAUGCACACAAUGGGAGUGAAGGUCAGUGUGGUUGAACCUGGGAAUUUCAUUGCAGCCACAAGCCUCUACAGUCCAGAAAAAAUCAAAGCAAUUGCUGAAAAAAUGUGGGCCGAAUUACCUGAAACUGUGAAGAAAGACUACGGGAGAAAAUACUUUGAUGAGAAAAUCGCCAGAAUGCACACGUAUUGUAACAGCGGCUCAACGGAUACGUCACCUGUCAUUAAAUCUGUCACCCAUGCUUUAACUGCGACCACCCCGUACACUCGCUACCACCCUAUGGAUUACUACUGGUGGCUUAGAAUGCAGGUCAUGACUCACCUGCCUGGUGCUAUAUCUGAUAAGAUUUAUAUUCAUUAGGUAUGAUGAUUAGAUUUAGGUCAUUUCUAAUCAAAGAACUUUGAUUUCAUCUGCAGCA